GCCCUGACCAAAGGCACUUACGUGCACAAUCCUCUGCUUCAGUUGCUGAACAUCCAUCGUAUCAUAAGGGGAUCUGGUCCACCCCGGUUCCACCUCGUGAUGAGUGAUGGCCUGCACACCAUGUCCUCCUUCUGGCUGGAUCCCCAAAUGAACCGUCUGGUUGAGGAGAACUGUCUGCUCCCCUACUGUGUCUGUCUACUGAAGAGGAGUGUCACCAACAUACUGAAGGAUGGAAGGUGUAUGGUGACAGUAUUGGAGAUGGAGGUGGUGAAGUCAGCAGAGGAGGUGGGAGGGAAGAUUGGAACACCUACUCCCUAUGUAGAAGGCCAGAGAAGGACUCUUCAGAACCAGGUCUCUGCUGAGAGUCACGCUGCUGCUUCUACUUCUACUGCCUCCCCUCACAACCAGCCCAGAGCAGCCUCCUCUUCUACCAGAGACCCAGCAGGCAGAGGAGACUCCGGGAAGAAGACUCUGAUAGUAGUCCCCAUCGCCUGCCUCAGCCCCUACCAGACUAAAUGGACCAUCAGGGCCAGGGUCACCAAAAAGAACAACAUCCUUCCUUGGCGCAACUUAAGACGAGAGGGAAAAUUAUUCUCCUUCGAGAUCGUGGACGAGAGCGGGGAGAUCGGAGUAACAGCCUUCGACAAGGAAGUGGACAAGUUCUUCUCUUUGCUGGAGACGGGCAAGGUGUACUACAUCUCACGGGGCAAAUUAAAGGAAGCCAAUAAGAAGUAUAAUACCCUGAAGAACAACUAUGAGAUGACCCUUCUAAGUGAGACAUCCAUCGUGCCGUGCGAGGACGACCAGGACCUUCCCAUGGUGGAGUGCGACUUCAUACUCAUCGCUCAGCUGAAGCACAUGGAGAAGGACAACAUCAUCGAUGUGAUAGGAGUGUGUAGGAGUGUGGAUGAUCUGAGUAGCUUCACCGCUAAGACAGGUAGACAGGAGUAUAAAAGAGACAUUCACCUGGUGGAUACCAGUGGCAAGGCGGUCGCAGUCACACUGUGGGGCGAGCAGGCAGAGAUGUUUGAUGGUUCAGCCCAGCCUAUAGUAGCUGUUAAAAGAGCUCGCCUGUCAGACUUUGGAGGCCAGUCUGUCUCUGCGAUCUUCAGCUCCGCUGUCAUGGUCAACCCUGACAUACCUGAGGCCCAUAGGCUGAGGAGAUGGUAUGAUCAGGAAGGUCAUGCUCUGGACGGCCAAUCACUGACCGAAUUGAGGCCUGCAGGAGGCGGAGCCAACACUUGCUGGAAAACACUCAGCGACGUCAAGACUGAACAACUGGGACAAGGAGACGAGGCGGAUUAUUUCAGCUGUGUGGCCACAGUGUUGUUUAGUGGUAAGGAAAGCUGUCUGUACCAGGCCUGUCCCUCUGCAGAUUGUAAGAAGAAGGUAAUAGAACAACCAAAUGGACUCUACCACUGUGAGAAGUGUGACAAACAAUUCCCUAACUACAAAUACUGCGUCAUGCUGUCUGCUAACAUAACAGACUUCAGUGAUAACCAGUGGGUGACAUGUUUCCAUGAGACAGCAGAGGGCAUUCUGGGUCACAAUGCAGAAACUCUGGGCCAGCUUAAAGAUACGGAUGAGGCAGCGUUUGACGAGGUGUUCCAGAAGGUCAACUUCACCACACACAUCUUCCGCAACAGAGUCAAGCUGGAGACGUACAACGAUGAGUCCCGUGUGAAGGCCAUGGUGAUGGAGGUGAAACCAGUGGACCACAGAGAGUACAGCAGGAGACUCAUCAGCAACAUCAGGAAUAUGGCCGCCUAAAGAAGUGUUACUUUGAUUGUGUUACUUUUUAUUUUUAUUUGACUAUUUUUACUUUCAUUUAUUUAGUAAUUAUUUUCUUAAGUCUUUUUUGAAACUGAAUUGUCAGUUAAUUAAGGGCUUGUAAGUAAGCAUUUCACCAUAUUCUAUUGUAUUCGGAGCAUGUGACAAAUUUGAUUUGAUUUAAACAUUAACCAUUAGAGGGAACAAUUCAAAACUGACCUAAGAUCAGUGUUUAGGGGAAACUCAACCCCACACCCAGAAUGAUACACUCAACUGAACAAAAUGGCCGCCUAAACACAGAGCCAGCUGACAUUCAUACUUUUACUGUCUGGUCCUGUAUCUCUACAAUUAAGCCACAAAAUUGCAGAAACUGAACAAGGAGAUAUUUUAUUUAAUUUUUCUCCAUUUGAUCUAAUUUACAUUUGAUUAUAGACUAAAUAAAUAGCAUAUAUGUCACGUAGAGUAGGCCAGAAGGCCUAACUGGAAAACCUAACCUCUAUCACAUAAAAAGAUGGCGUAGCCGCAAAAGUUCUUCUGUGCUUCAGGGUGUUUAUUUACAUAGUGAUUCCAGAACAAAAACAGCCAUCCAAAGUAUCCAUUAUGGGGCCAGCUUAAAAAAACAAUGCUUCGCCCAUCAACAGCUAAUUCCCAAAAUGACUCCCCUUCGAACUGAAAGAGAGGCUCCUUUUGUAGGGGAAGCCCUCCCAUCAGAACAUAAUCAGCACUGAUUAAUUAAGCAAUUACUUGUUCAAGGCCUACAUUUUCCAUUCAGCUAAACAUACUAAAGUCUAUACAUUGCAACAUGUUUUUCAUGACAUAAUAUACCAAUAUAACAUUUACAAAAUCACAUUACUACUGACAUGGUGUCUUUCAAUGUGUUAAUUUACAUUAACGAGCCAUUCGGGACAGGCACUACAAAGUCAGCCUGAUUGCCUUAGCUCAGGUCCUUAUCCCAGCAUACCCAGAAGCUACAGAGAUGGAGAGAGGAACAGAACCAAACAAACAACGCGCUCAUCCAUAACAUUGCUAAGUGUAAUAAAUGUUGCUUAAGUUAAACAUGAA